AUUUAUUAUUUAUUAUUCUUCCUUUACCUUGUGUUUGUGUUUCACCACACACCAGUUUCCUCGAUUGGUUGAUCUGCUUUCUGGGGCAUGUUGGUGUCGAUGAGGAUCAUGUUCAGAAGCAUCCACAGUGAGUUGUAGAAGCCGAAAGGGAAGAGCUUGAUGGUGAUUUCUGAGAUGGGUCUUCUGUGGGUGUGGGUGUGGGUGUGAGUGUGAGUGUGACUGUGUUGGCAGGCUUUUUUCUGAAGGGGGUUUGCAUUUGUUGUCAUGAGAGGCAUUAUUCGUUGGUGGGUUUUGUGAGGGGUGGCUUUGAUUUGCUUGGAUUUGAUAUGGGUGGGUGUUUUCCUUGUUUUGGAUCAUCCAACAAGGAGGGCAGUGGUGGGGUGAGGGUCAAGGAGGUGCCCAACAGAGAUUCUUCUUUUAAGGAAGCUGCUGCUUCUGUUGUUCCUCAGUCUCACCACCCCAGCAGGGUUAAUUCAGAUAAAUCAAAAUCACGAAGUGGCGCAGAUACUAAGAAGGAAACACCAGUUCCAAAGGAUGGCCCAACGGCCCAUAUUGCUGCACAAACAUUUACGUUCCGAGAACUUGCAGCUGCUACAAAGAAUUUUAGGCCAGAAUGUUUAUUAGGCGAAGGAGGUUUCGGGCGUGUUUACAAAGGUCGCCUUGAGACCACAGGACAAGUGGUUGCUGUAAAACAGCUUGACCGAAAUGGUCUUCAAGGAAAUCGAGAGUUUUUGGUGGAAGUUCUUAUGCUCAGUCUCUUGCAUCAUCCAAAUCUUGUGAACUUAAUUGGCUAUUGUGCUGAUGGUGAUCAGCGGCUGCUUGUUUAUGAAUUUAUGCCAUUGGGAUCUUUGGAGGAUCAUUUACACGAUCUUCCUCCUGACAAGGAGCCUCUGGACUGGAACACUAGGAUGAAAAUAGCAGCUGGAGCUGCAAAGGGAUUGGAAUAUUUGCAUGACAAGGCAAAUCCGCCAGUGAUAUAUAGAGACUUAAAAUCAUCCAACAUCCUCCUUGAUGAGGGUUAUCAUCCCAAGUUAUCAGAUUUUGGGCUGGCAAAACUUGGUCCAGUCGGCGACAAGACUCAUGUAUCCACACGAGUAAUGGGAACAUAUGGUUAUUGUGCCCCAGAAUAUGCUAUGACUGGUCAACUAACUCUGAAAUCUGAUGUCUAUAGUUUUGGUGUUGUCUUCCUUGAACUCAUUACUGGGCGCAAGGCUAUUGAUAACACCCGUGCACAUGGAGAGCAUAAUCUUGUUGCAUGGGCACGGCCGCUUUUCAAAGACCGUAGGAAGUUCCCCAAAAUGGCUGACCCUCUACUUCAAGGCCGUUACCCGAUGCGAGGACUAUACCAAGCACUUGCAGUUGCUGCAAUGUGUCUGCAGGAACAAGCUGCUACAAGGCCUCUUAUUGGGGAUGUGGUGACUGCUCUCACAUAUCUGGCUUCACAGACAUAUGAUCCAAAUGCAGCCAAUCAAUCCAACAGGGUUGGUCCAUCAACCCCUAGGAGCAGGGAUGACAGAAGGAGCAUGGCAGACAGUGUGGACAGCCCCGACCAUGGCCGGCUCGGCUCCCCUUCCACCCACAGAAAUUCACCCGACUUCAGGAAGAGAGACAGCAGGGAUCCAAGCACCGCGACCGAGUUAGGCAGGAUUGACACCGGUGGGGGGUCAGGGAGAAAAUGGGGAUUGGAUGAUUACGAAAGGCAGGAUUCUCAGAGAGACAGCCCUGUAAAUACUGCAAGAGCCAGAGAGACUCCGUGGAACCGCGACCUGGACAGAGAGCGUGCGGUUGCAGAAGCGAAAGUGUGGGGCGAGAACUGGAGAGAGAAGAAGAAGGCAAACGCUGUGGGUAGCUUCGAUGCUACGAAUGACUAAACAGACACGGGGAACACCAAACCAACUUACUAUUCAUGUAUGAUCGAGUCAGAGGAGAGAAUGUGUUGGUUUUCAUGUCUAUGCGCGUCUUGAAUCCAACUAUGACUGUUCUCCCACGUCAUUCUGGUAGUUUGUUAGUCAUCAUCAUGUGAAGGAAAACAAUACACAUUUGAAAAAAAAA